GUUCUCACGGGUUAAACACUCAGCCGAUGUUCAUCAUGAGACAGCAGGUGGAUUUGAUGUGCUGUAAAUCAGUAGGAACUGAUCUGUCCAUGCUGGAUAUUGAUGAUUUGAUGACAGAAAUCUCUCAGCUGAAGAAAGAGGUGGCGUUACUGGAGGCAAAGCUGAGGGAAAGAGGAGAUCCACUGAACGGAGAGGAGCUGGAGAAGGUUUCCUGUCAAUCUUCAGUGUGUGUGACUGAUGGGACCUCCACAGAAUGUCAGGAUUCAGUGAUCAGAGAUCUGAGAUCUGAACAGAGAUCCAGAGACACACAGGACUCAGAGCUCAGCCUCACAUUACUCUGUUAUACUGACACUCAGGAGAGUGUGUGUGACAGUAAUCAGGGUGAUCAAACCUCCACAGAGUCUCUGGCUUCUGUCUGUAACGCUGGAGAACAGCAGAUGCUGCAGAUACCAUUGAAGAUGUGUUCAGUGAAGCUGCUGGACUGCAGGAACCUGAUGGAGAUGAGAGGAGAAACCACAGCAGAGGAACAACAGACUGAAGAAGAUGAGGAAAAUAAUGAUGGUGAUUUUAUUCCUUCAGGUGCAAACACUGGUUCAUCUUCAGAUGGAGAAACGGCUUCUACAUCAAAAGAGCGUCAGACAGCACAGAGUCUUUCCUGCAUCACCUGUGAGAAGACAUUGAGCUCGCAGGGAUUUUUAGCGAGACAUGAGAGAAAACACACAGAACAGAAAUUCUUCAGAUGUAGGAGAUGUGGGAGCAGCUUUUCUACCUUACAAGAAAGGAACCGUCAUUCAAAAGAGCACAUAGUGAAGAAGGAGCUCCACUGUGGGCGAUGUGGCAAGGUUUUUCACUCUUCUGGUUAUCUUAAAGUUCACAUGGAAACCCAUGGUGAAAGCAACCCUUUCCACUGCAGUGAGUGUGACAAGUUUUUCAGUAGCAAAGCAAAUCUUGAUAUGCAUAAAAGAAUACACACUGGGGAAAAACCAUACCAGUGUCCUCACUGUGAGAAGAGUUUCAAUAACAGAUCCCAUCUGAAUGCGCAUGUGCACUUGCACACCAAUGAAAGGCCAAAUCAGUGCAGUGAAUGUGGGAAAACCUUUACACAGCUGUCUUAUUUAAAGGUACACCAACGAAUACACUCUGAACAGAAACAUUAUCAGUGCUCUCACUGUGAUAAACGGUUCCGUACAAAAUAUAGUCUCCAAUGCCAUGAGAGAAUGCACACUGGAGAGAAACCUUACCUCUGCUCUCACUGUGGAAAAAGGUUUUCAGAUCUUCAUACAUCCCAAAUUCAUGUGAGAGUGCAUACGGGAGAAAAGCCUUAUCACUGUAGCGUUUGUGGGAUGAGUUUCAGUCAACAAACUAAUUUAAUGAUGCACAAGAGGACACAUACUGGAGAAAAACCUUACAAAUGCACUCAGUGUGACAGAUCGUUUGCUCGAUCUGAUAUUCUUAAAGUCCAUCAGAGAGUGCAUACAGGAGAGAAACCUUACAGCUGCUCUAUCUGUGGGGAGAGAUUCACUUAUUUAGGAAGUUUUAAUACUCAUCAGAAGAAACAUAUAAAAGAAGAAACUAACUUGGAAUCAAUAUAACAUCUUUUGCCAGCUCAUACCCAUCCAUUAAUUGGCUGUAUCUCUCUCCUCUCCACCAAUAGCUGGUGUGUGGUGAGUGUACUGGCACACUAUGGCUGCCGUCGCAUCAUCCAGGUGGAUGCUGCACAAUGGUGGUGGUUGAGGAGAGUCCCCCGUUCACUGUUCGCUUUGAGUGUAGUGUCAGAAAAGUGCUAUAGAAAUGUAACAUUCAUUCAUUCAUUCAUCUAGAAACUGCAUUGAGGUUUUAUGUGGAUGUAGAGAUAAAUAGAGUUGAAGGAAGUGCCUGCAGUAGUGUUUGAGGCAGCUGGCCAAUUGUACAUAUCUCAUUUAAAUCUCAAUAUUCACAGAAGUGAUGGUUUUAAAUCCCCUCAAAAGUAAAUACUUAAAAUUCUUCAGUUUUUCCUGGUUUAUUAUUAGUGAUUCACCGAUACCAUUUUAAGCCCUGAUAUUAUCUGUUACACCAAGUAUUAAUAUGACCUUAAAGAAUAUAUUUUUUGCAAUAUUUUACAGGUUUAAUUAUUAUUUUUAGCUUUAGUACAAUGACACAAAAAUCGCAUUGCUUUUUUUUCUCACACAGUAAAAUUCUUUUUUUAUGCAUGUACAUAUAAAGCUGUCUUUAUAUUUUAU